UGAAUAUUGGGAUCCAUCCAUAAGUUAAUAAAUCCCGUCUGGAGACAAAGCUACUCUAAUUAUUUCGAGAGAACCAUGUGCGACCAAGUAGUUGUUCCCGUUUAUCGAAGAAUUCUAGGAUAUUGGAAACCACUAAUAGGAAUUUUGACUCCCAUCGUAUUACUUCCCAUACCACUCAUAUACCAGUCAAAGACAGGAUCAUGUGCAUAUUGCGUCCUAAUAAUGGCAAUAUAUUGGAUGACGGAAGCCAUUCCAAUUCCUGUUACAGCACUUCUCCCUGUCGUCUUAUAUCCAUUGUUUGGAAUUAGUGACACCGAUGACAUUAGCAGAGAAUAUCUCAAGGACUCGAUCAUGGUUUUCGUCGGGGGCCUCUUGGUAGCCUUGGCGUUCGAGUAUUGUCAACUUCAUAAGAGGAUUGCUCUUCGCGUCAUGUUGUUCACUGGAGCUAGUCUCAGGAUGUUAAUGCUGGGCACAAUGGUGACCACAGCAUUUCUAUCCAUGUGGAUGUUCAACACAGCCACGACUGCAAUGAUGGUGCCCAUCAUUUUGUCGAUUAACGAUGAACUGCAAAAGAGUUUGGAAGAGGUACACACGGCACCUUCAAUUGAUUCCGAGGAACCAUCCACGAUUGGAUGUGAAACUGCAACACCACUCCCAAGCACUCCGAACUUAACAAAUCGAGUAGUUGAAAAGAGAAAUAAUUCGAUCGGAGAUACAAAACUAAUUUCCGAUCAAAGGUGCGCAACCCCAAAUCAACAACCCACCAGCACAAUAGCUGAUGACAAGAAAAAUGAAGUUGAAAAAUGUAUUCGAAGUAUGAGAACCAUGUUUCUGCUGUCCACGUGCUACAGCAGUAAUUUGGGCGGAACUGGAGUGGUGACCGGCAGUGGAACGAAUCUUGUAGCUCUGGAAUUUCUCGGCGACUUGGAUCCGAAACAUCACGGUGAUUACGCAUCUUUAACCUUUGCAACAUGGGCGGCGUUCAAUUUUCUUCCCAUGGUGCUGAACAUUGUGGUCGCGUGGGUCUACCUCCAAUUUGUCUACCUCGGAUUCCCCACCCAUCUCAAGUUUUGGUGGAGUCAGGAGGAACGCGAUAGCGCAGCGGCUGGAAGAAUAUUCAAUCCACAAUUGGAAUCCAAAAUCAAGCUCAUGUUGGCCAAAAAGUAUGCAGAUUUGGGAUCCGUGACGUUGCACGAGGUGGCCGUCGCCAUCUGUUUUAUCGUCGCCAUCACGAGCUGGAUUCUGCACGAUCCUCGAUUCAUCCCCGGAUGGAGCGAACUCUUUCACGGAGGCCCAAAAGUUUCUAUCUCGACGGCCACCUUGUUCAUUGGAGUGCUUUUCUUUAUUGUGCCUCGGAAUGCGGAAUUCUACCGGGCUUGUGCUACUGGAGAUUUCAAAAAUGCCGAAAUGAAGCCCUUAUUGGAGUGGGAGUUUGUGCAGCGGCGUUUCCCAUGGGGUGUCAUCCUCUUGUUGGGAGGAGGCUAUGCAUUAUCGAAGGGGGCAAAGGCUGCUGGAUUAAACGAGUUGAUUGGCCAAUCCCUCAAGUCACUGUCACACUUGUCACCGUCCUUAAUUCAGCUGAGUUGUAUGACAAUUAUCGGCUUCGUCACGGAAGUGACGUCCAACACGGCCACUGCGUCCAUUGUGGUCCCGAUUCUUCUGGAGCUAAGCAAAGGGUUGAACAUUCAUCCUUUAUACUUGACCCUUCCAGCAACGGUGACAUGCUCAUAUGCCUUCAUGCUUCCGGUCGCUACUCCUCCAAACGCGAUUGUCUACAGUGCAGGCAACAUGAAGGUGACUGACAUGAUCAAGACGGGAUUAUUCAUGAACAUAGCCUGCAUAGUUGUGCUCUAUGUUUGCACAAAUUUAUACGGAAAUCUGUUUUUCCAUUUCUCCGACUACAACUAUAUUCCCUGAAUUUACAAGUUCAUUAUUAUAAAGAUUAAAUUUAUAUGUUACGACAAAUCAAUUACACAUACAUCAUACAUAA